CGAGGAGGAGGAGGCGGCGGCGGAGGAGGAGGAGGAGGAGGAGAAGGAGGAGGUGGUGGCGGCGGCGGCGGCAGCAGCAGCAGCGGCGGCGGGACGACGUCGGUCCCUCGCGCUCAGGCUCCGCCUCAGGCUCGGCGUAGCCGGACUCCAAGUCGGAGGCUCGGGACGCGAGAGGCACCGGCGUCGCGGCCGGGGCCAUGGGCCGGCGGGGGCUGGGCCCGGGGCCCCGCUGAGCCCGAGCCGCGCCGAACAGGCCAUGGCGGACGUCCCCGUGGGUGCUGAGGCGGCCGGCGCUGCGCUGGGCCCGGUCGACGAGGAGGCGCCGGUCCCGGAGCAGGCCCCGUCCGGAGCGGGAGACGCCGCCGCCGUUCUUAAGGCCGCCGCCAAGCGCGUCACCUUCCCUUCGGACGAGGACAUCGUGUCCGGAGCUGUGGAGCCCAAGGACCCCUGGAGACACGCCCAGAAUGUGACAGUGGAGGAGAUCAUUGGCGCCUACCAGCAGGCCUGCCAGAAACUGAACUGCAAGCAGAUCCCCAAGCUCAUCAAGCAGAUCCAGGAGUUUACUGACUUGGCACACCGAAUCGACUGCCUUGAUCUGAAAGGAGAGAAGCUUGACUACAAGGCCUGCGAGGCUCUGGAGGAAAUCUUCAAGAGGCUGCAGUUCAAGGUGGUCGACUUGGAGCAGACGAGCCUGGAUGAGGAUGGGGCUUCUGCAUUGUUUGACAUGAUAGAGUACUACGAGUCGGCCACCCAUCUCAACAUCUCCUUCAAUAAGCACAUUGGUACGAGAGGCUGGCAGGCUGCUGCCCACAUGAUGCGGAAGACGAACUGCCUGCAGUACCUGGAUGCCCACAACACUCCCCUGCUCGAUCACUCUGCCCCCUUUGUGGCGCGGGCCCUGCGGAUAAGCAGCAGCCUCACGGUGCUGCACUUGGAGAAUGCCAGCCUGUCAGGGCGCCCACUUGUGCUUCUGGCCACAGCCCUCAAGAUGAACAUGAAUCUUCGGGAGCUCUACCUGGCAGACAAUAAACUCAAUGGGCUACAAGACUCAGCCCAGCUUGGGAACCUUCUCAAAUUCAACUGCUCCAUCCAGAUUCUGGACCUUCGAAACAACCAUGUUCUGGACUCAGGUCUGGCCUACAUCUGUGAGGGCCUGAAGGAGCAGAGGAAGGGGUUGGCAACCCUUGUUCUUUGGAACAAUCAGCUGACACACACGGGCAUGGCUUUCCUGGGAAUGACACUGCCCCAUACCCAGAGCCUGGAGACACUGAAUCUGGGCCACAACCCUAUUGGAAAUGAAGGUGUCCGGAACCUCAAAAACGGACUGAUUGGGAACCGCAGUGUGCUGCGCCUGGGACUAGCAUCCACCAAACUCACCUGCGAGGGAGCUGUGGCAGUAGCAGAAUUCAUCGCCGAGAGCCCUCGCCUGCUUCGGCUGGACCUUCGGGAGAACGAGAUCAAAACUGGAGGCCUCAUGGCCCUGUCCUUGGCCCUCAAAGUCAACCAGUCGCUGCUGCGCCUUGACUUAGACCGGGAGCCCAAGAAAGAGGCAGUAAAGAGCUUCAUUGAAACCCAGAAAGCCCUCCUGGCCGAGAUCCAGAAUGGGUGCAAGCGCAACUUUGUCCUGGCCCGAGAGGAGGAGGAAAAGGAACAGCAACUACAGCUCUCAGCCUCCAUGCCUGAGAUCACGGUCACUGAGCCAGCCCCGGAGGAGGCCACGUUGCUGGGAGAGCUGGCAGACGAGGCCCAGGAGAACGGGGAGGUUGGAGGGGCCAGGCCCAAGGCCCCGGGGCCGGCCGAGGACUCGGAUUCUGACACCGAGGACGAGGACGAUGGGGGCCGAGAGGUUCAGACAAUGCGUGGCCCCGAGGGUCAGCUUUCCUCUGUGCCUGGGAACUCUCUGAGCUCCGGGGAUAGGACCCCUCCGGGCAGUCCAGCCCCCUCAGCCCCAGAGGCUGCCCCCGAGAGCCCUAGUGGGCCCAGGCAGGAGGUGCCGGGUGCCGAAAAGCGCAUCUCCGUGUCCAGCCCUGGCCGUGGACACAAAGUGUUCGUGGUAACUCGGGUAGAAAGCCCCCCAGAAAAGGUGGGCGAGCCCCCGGCCACCAGGUCAGGGGUCAGCCCUGGCGCUCCGGACCCACCACUGCCCAAUGGGCUGAAGCCAGAGUUUGCUCGUGUACUUCCUGAUUCCCCCACUGGACACGGAGGACCAGAGGGCAAGGGUGGAGGCUGUGGCCUAGAGCAUGAACUCAGCUGCCCCAAGAAUGAGAAGGUGCUCGAAGAGCUACUUCUGGAAGCCAGUCAGGAUUCGGGGCAGGAGACACUGUGACACUUGAGAUCUCUCUCUGGUCAGGCUUCAAUGAUCUGAGACCCCGCCUGGGCCCUGGAUCCAGACUGAACUCCAUGCCAGCUCUCCAGGAUGGGGCUGUCCCGGGCCAGUGUGGCCCAUGGGGCCGGGGGAAGCAGGCACCUGAGGAAACGCUCCGAGGGACCCUGGGGAAGCGGAUCAGGCCCCCUUCCUUCCCUGGUCCCCCCAUCCCCAUCUAAGCACCUCUAUUUAUUUCCCCCUCCCCUCUCUGAGGAAGGCCCAGAGGCCAGGCAGGCAGGCCCAGGGAGUGGAAGGAGGCAGGUUCUCUCAGGGAGGCACGGGAGGGAGGUGAGCCCCGGGGCGGUGGUGGUGAGUGGCACUGAUCUGGGAUGUGGCUGACAGCAGUAGAUCGGAGACGGGCUGCAGAACAGAGCCCUGCUGGGAGGGGGGACAACCAGAGGGCUUGGGGGCGACCGAGAGGCCAAAAGUCAGCUCUCUACCCAAGUGCAAUACAUUUAUCAGGGAGCGAAGGGGUGUCCGGGCGGGUGUGUCCCCCCCCCCCCCCCCCAGGUCAGAUGGGCACCCUCGCAGAGGCAGGGAGCCCACUCCUGGGCACUCCACCUGGAGCUAGGCCUCCGAGGGAGAGGGAAUGGGGUGAAGGGCAGGGAGCAGGCCCCAGUGGGGCUCUCCUCUCUCCCUGUGGCACACAUCUCUGGUCAGACUUUUUCUAUUAAAUGCCUCCGUCGCCAGCAUGGGGAGCCCCGAGUCCUUCUUAUUCCUAACUUCCUCUGUUGUCCAGUGGGGUAUUGGAAACGUUUGCCAUUUGUCAAAGGCCAGUUUGCCAUUGCUGGUAACCUGGACCUGUGGACCUGGUCAAGGAAGCUGUGUGUUAGCCCUCCGAGGUCAGCGGGAGACAGCCAUGUCCUGAAGCAUCAGGCCCUUCCUGGGAGCCGGCUGACCUGUGAUCAUGCCAGGCUCUCUGGGCCACAGCUCUGGGAAUGGGGACAGACAGACGGGAAGAACUCAUUGCUGAGCCAGUCUAGAGUCCAUUCGAUUUGAGGGAAGUCGAGGAGCUGGUUUCCCAGGAGCUCUAAGCUGCACAGAAGUGGCUGGCUGUGAUAGGUGGCCCAGUCUUCCCCUCACUUGCUGGGCGCCUGUCAUGCCCUGUCCCCACAUGCCCUGCCCUUUCUGAGACUGAAUAAAAAACUGGUUGGGCAGGUGGCCCAGA